UUUCCUUGUGGAUCCAACAACUGAUCUUUUUCGUGUUAUUUAACCCCUUAACCUACAACUACGGGCAUAGUCCGCAGUAGAUGAUCGGACCAAACGUAAAUAUUACGGGCAUAGCCCGUAGUACGAUGAUCGGGCCAAAUAUAAUAUAUAAUAUAAUAUAUAAUAGCUUGUUUACGUUUUCGGCCAAAAAUUCUUGAACGUAAAUCUUUCAGAGAUGGAUCUUGAUGAUGUUACUUUACUCGCUCAACAAAUUAGAGAAACAAACAAACUUUCCACAAAGGAUGCAACGUAUUUAAGAAGUUUGUGUAUACAGCUAAAAAAUCCUGUAUUACCACAACAUGAGAUUGAAACCCGUGCUGGAUCUCGUCCUCCAACACAUGAAGAAAUCAAAAAAUUUGAAGAAAUAGAAUCUAUUAAAAAAGGGUGUUAUAAUGCAUCAGAGGAUAAAAUAAUUAUUCAUAAUUGGAAAGAAUUUUGUAAGUUAAAUCACUGGAACAUUAAAGAGGUUGAACCAUUUUUACUCUUGAGAGAGGAAAAUAAAACAUAUAUACGCAGUAAAAAUGAAAGAAAAAGAUUUGUACAAUUUUUAGCAGAUGGUUUGCCAAAUAGAACUUUAUACAGUGUAUAUCACAGAUUUAGAACUUUGUAUGCAGAUAAUUUUCAAAGAAGGUUUCAUCCAGAUGAAGAUAGAAUGAUUUUGGAUCACUUAGAACAUAAUAUCAACCUUAAUCAGAGGCGGAAGUAUACAGAUUUAGCAAGAGUUUUAAAACGAACUCGAAUUUCUAUUUGGCGUCGUUAUAAACUACUCAAGAAAAAACGUUAUGGAAGAGAGAAUUAUUAAAUUUUGUAUUAGAUUUUUGAUAUUUGUAUGUAAAUCGUUCGGGUGCAUACUAGGUCUAUUCGAAAUCAGUUUCAUGUCAUUUAUUUCACCAUCAUGAAUUUUCAAUUGAUAUCAGACACCUUUUCUCGUUUGAAAAAUAAUGAUUUAGCAAGAUUUAUAAAACGAAGUUGCACUAGGUGUCCGCGUGGACAUGGUAUCCACCUCACAUAUAAAUGAAACAAACCGCUUGUCGAGUUAAUUGUCACAUCGUGUUGUUAAUUUUAUUUAUUUUCCAUAUUUCUGUAUAAUGCAUGUUUGGAUUUAAUUAAAUUAAAAACAUGUUAAUCGCAAAUCUUAUGUAUGAAUAAACAAUAUUGAAUAGAACAUAA